AUGUCUUCUAUUGAUACAACUCCUUUUUAUUCCACUAUCGAUAUCAUUCGUAAGCAUCUCCUUGAUGAUCAUGACGACGUUUUCACCAUGCACUCCCCAGCGAGGAGUCCUGACUGUGAUCAGACCGCUUCUGGUAGUGAAAAUGUUCCGGUGUCUACGAGCAAGAAUGGGGAAGAGGAGUCUCGUGAUGGUGAAGAUAACCAUGUCAAAUCCAAGAAUGUGAAGAAAAAGAGAAAGACGGCGGAGAAUGCAGAAGAAGUUGUGGAAUGGACGCGUUACAGAGGCGUACGGCGGCGACCUUGGGGGAAGUUCACGGCGGAGAUAAGGAAUCCGGAGAAGAAAAAGGCGAGAUUAUGGUUGGGUACUUACAACACGCCGGAGGAAGCUGCCGUGGCUUAUGACAAAGCAGCUUUUAUAAUCCGUGGCACCAGAGCUAAAGUCAACUUCCCUCUCUUACUCCGCCAGGGUGAUUGUAAGCCGGUGUCAUCUUCCUCCUUGUCGAAUUCAGAUGAUGGAAAAUGCAAGAAAAAAGUAGUGGUGGAUCAACCCAGGACGACCACCACCACGACCUCUUGCGAUGUGGGACAAGAUGAUUCUUCUCCCACAACCACCCUAGAAGAACCGACAGCUACCACCAACGUUACAGCCAUGCAGGAUGUGAGAAAUGAAUGCAUCCAGAGAGAGUCACCGGGAAGCAAUGUACAAUCGCCAACGACCUCCGUAAGCCUCGACUCAUUAUGGAAUUUCCAAAUGAGUACAUUUCCCCCGUUAUCACCAACAUUGUCUAUCAACGACUACAUCGGGCAUUCUAACGAAGCAUCCUCCAAACUCGAUAAUGUGAGUAGUUUGGAUGACUCCUUGUCCACCACCAUUCAUGCUUGCCAGGGAGUUGUCACCGAUGAUUACUGGCCUUCCAAUGCCGAGCCGGUGGUUGCUAUGGCCACCACGACCUCUGUACUUGCGGAGGAGAGUUGCGAGAAUGACUCGUUUUGGGACACAUUAGUCCCAAAUAUAAUUGACUCUCCGACCACCACCUCCACCACCGAAGAUGUGGAUAUGUACAUUGGUGAUAUUGUUGACAGCCUAUGGGAUUUCGAAAUUGAUGUAUCGACGUCGGAGUAUUUCCCGUCGACCAAUGUGGAGUCAUAUACAUUAAACAUGACAAGCAAAGCAUAUAACGGCCGUAGUGAACAUGACCCUUUGUGGGAUCUCCAAAUUGAUACAUUAAUACAUGAUGAUUUAUUUUUUCUUUGA